AUGUCCGAAAAAGAAUAUACCGAAGAAGUUACUUUAAGUGUUAAUGAUUUUGACAAUUCAAUCAAUUUCAUUGAAGAUACAGAUCUGAUACAACAAAAUGAUAUAGAUGAACAAUCUUCAACUACCAGUUCUAUUAUAUCAACAGAAAAAGUACGAAAUUACAAAGUUGCAAAAAUCUGGCUUUAUUUUGAUAAAAAUACAUCACAACAUCCGAAUCAUCCAGUUUGUAAAAGUUGUGGAAAUGUUUUUUCAAAAAAAACUGGAAAUUCUAGUCUUCAACAGCAUCUUGAAACAAAACAUGGAAUUAAUGUUGAAAAAGUUAUGGAAACAAAGCAAACCAGAUUUUCUUUUCAUAAUAUUAGUCUGCAUUUGCCAAAAGAUCAAGAGGAUCGUAAUAAAGUUGUAGUAACUUGGAUAAUUAUGAAUCAACAACCAUUUUCUAUAGUGGAAGAUAAAUAUUUUCAAGAAAUGAUUCGUACUUUUGAUCCUAAAUACAAAUUCCCGUCACAAAUUUAUAUUAAAGAAAUG